GAAAAUAAGAUCUCGAAUCAAAAUCCGCGAUGAUUGAAGCGCUACCUAGUGAUAAAUUUCAAAAGUUUUGUCAUUUACACAGAACGUAGAUAUAUGUCAUAUUACAAGUAUAUAUAUAAAAUUACAGCUGACCGCUAAAGUGAUGGGUUAAAAAUGAAGCUUUUUAAACUAAUUGUACAUCAAAAAAAUUUUAGUGGUGAAGAUUUAAUAAUUAACCCCAAAGAUUAUCCAGGCAUAAAAACUGGAGAUGUCGUUGAAAUUUAUCAUCCCGAAGAUGAGUUUAGCCGCUUACUCCUGCAGGUUACAUCUUUCAAAGAAGAUCUUCAGGGACGAGAAACAAUUAGUGUUGAAAAUAAUGUAGCAACGAUGUUUCAAUUAAGAACUUUUGCUGAUGUUUAUAUGAAUAUAGUAAAUCCAGAAGAUGUAGCAUUAGAUUCGGUUGAAUUAACCUUUAAAGAUCAAUAUAUGGGACGCAGUGAAAUGUGGAGAUUGAAAAAUAGCUUGGUGAAUACUUGCGUUUAUAUGAAUAAGAAGAUAGAAUUUUGUGGAGGUAGCAUUCGAUGUCAAGUAUACGAAAUGUGGUCUCAAGGUGAUAGAGUUGCUUGUGGUGUUAUUACUGAUGAUACUAAGGUAGUCUUUCGUUCUUCAACAAGUAUGGUUUACCUUUUUAUUCAAAUGAGCUCAGAAAUGUGGGAUUUUGAUAUUCAUGGUGAUCUUUAUUUUGAAAAAGCAGUAAAUGGAUUUUUAGCAGAUUUGUUUCAAAAAUGGAAGAAGAAUGGUAGUAAUCAUGAAGUAACAAUAGUUUUGUUUUCAAGAACAUUUUAUAAUGCCACACGUUUAGAAGAAUUUCCAAGUCAUAUGAAAGAGUGUUUACAACAUGAUUAUAGAGGUCGAUUUUAUGAAGAUUUUUAUAGAGUAGCAGUACAGAAUGAAAGAUAUGAAGAUUGGAGUAAUGUAUUGGUACAAUUACGUAAAUUGUUUACUGAUUAUCAAAAGAUUGUUUUGGAAUAUCAUCAAAGACCAGAUGUUAGUAUGCCAAAAGCAGUAAAUUCUACAGCAGCACAAGGAAAUUUUUUAGAAGUCUUAAACAUGUCAUUAAAUGUGUUUGAAAAACAUUAUCUUGACCGUAGUUUUGAUAGAACAGGUCAAUUGUCAGUUGUAAUUACUCCAGGUGUAGGUGUAUUUGAAGUUGAUAGAGAAUUGACAAAUGUUACUAAACAAAGGGUUAUUGAUAAUGGAGUAAACAGUGAUUUAGUUUGUGUUGGAGAACAACCAUUGCAUGCAGUUCCUUUAUUAAAGUUUCAUAAUAAAGAUACAUCUAUAAAUGCACCAGAUGACUACAGUAUGCCUCAUUGGAUUAAUCUUAGUUUUUAUUCAACAAAUAAAAAAAUACCUUAUUCUACCUUUAUACCACGCAUAAAAUUGCCUCAAAAGGUGUCAAAACAUUCUAUGGACAAUGGUAGAUUAAAUUGUAAAACUAAGCUUUUACAAGAAGACCCUAGAGAAUGCUUGCAUAAUUCUUUAUUUGAUUAUGAUGCUUAUGAUGCUCAAGUUUUUCAAUUGCCACAUGUUCAUACUUCAAGUAGUUUGCAAAGAGUUACUACAAGAACUAAAAAAACAAGUGUGGCAUGUAUUGAGACUCAUAAUAAUGCUCACAUAUUAAAGCUUUUAAAACGUAAAAUGUCAGAUCCUGAUAUUCAUCAUCCACCACCUGAAACACAUGCAUUAAUACCAGCAGCAGCAAGAAGUGCUGCAAUCACCAUACCCCAUCGGACAGAAAAUGUUGAAAAUAACGAUUCUAAUGAGGAAGCAAAUGUAUCAAGAACAUCUAUCAAAAGUGAUAUAACCGAUUCUGAAAUAUCACCACCAUUCAGACCAGUUGUUGGAAGUGCUGGUAGUCCAACUAAUUCAAUUUCUCAACCUACAAAUAUAGUUAGACCUAGCAGAGCACUUAUUAAUCCUUUUGAUCCUUCACAUGUUACUAUAAAAUUGACUAGUAAUAGACGCAGAUGGAGUCAUAUUUUUCCUAAAGGUCCAACGGGUGUUUUGAUACAACAACAUCACUAUCAAGCUAUUCCCACACAGUCACAUCCUGAACCCCAGAGUGAUACUACUUCAACAUUGAGUGGAUCUCCUAUGGAGCAGAUUACAACUAUUAGCAAUCCACAUCACAUAUCAAGAUCAGCUUCUCAAAUUGGAUUUCAAGAUCAUACAAAAGGGAAGUUUCAACGCAUAAAUUUGAUAGGUGGAGAUAGAGUGUCAAAUACUAAUUCAUCUGGAACUAAUAAGAGUUUAACUCUUUUAUGGGGUGCCACUGGUGAGCAGGAGUGGACACCAGCACUUACAACAGGUGUUGAUUGGAAGUCAUUAACAAUUCCAGCUUGUUUGCCUAUUACUACAGAUUAUUUCCCAGAUAAGAGGAGUUUACAAAAUGAUUAUGUAGUUUCGGAUUAUAAUCUGUUACCAGAUGAUGUAAAUGCGGAUUUUGCACAACAACGAGCGGUUUAUAAAAAACCUUUAACUACUGCAGAAGUUUUUAAAGAGCUCGUUUCACAAAGAUUGGCUCAAGGUUUUCAAUUAAUUUUAUUACCACCUAUUAAUAAAAAUCAAAGUAAUACACCUGGUAGUGGUACAAGUGCACCCAUAAGUUCUGUAAUGCGAGGAAGACAAACAGAAUCUGAACCAAAAGAAGAAUACUUGCUUAGCAUUGGACGAAUUUUUCAUAAAAUAUCACUUUAUGGUAACUCUAUAACAGUUACAAGAUACAGGCCAAGGCAUCCUUAUCCACCAUUUAAUAUACAUUAUCGAUAUAGAUUUCAUGCUCCUCAUCAUGAUACAUAUGAAGUAUCAUGGGUAUCUUUUACAACAGAAAAACUUGAAAAUUAUAAUUGGAACUAUUUAGAUCAUUAUAUAUGCACAAGAGGACAUACUGAUUUUGCUUUAGUAGAGACACUUAAAUAUUGGAGGUUCAGAGUAUUUUUGCUGCCAAUGAACAAUUUUGCAACUCGGAAAAUUUUAGAAGGUUCAUCAAAGUGUGAUAUAUAUACACCAGCUUCUGCAGCUGAGCAAGCUUCUCUUAUGGAUGGAUUUUUACGUUUUAUAGAAGGAUGGUUGAAUAAAAUACGACGUCCGCAUCCUAAUAAAAACUGGCAUGCUAUGUUUCAGAGUCCCACAGUUCUAAAUGGUGUUCCUCCAAGAGACCCUGCCUCUCAUUUGACCAGACGCAGGCACAGCACGAGCCUAAUAUUCCUCACUAACCAGACCAGUCUAGUCAGCAGCUCUCCCUUUAGAGAACGACUUGGAAGCAACCGUCUACCAGAGAAACCACGACCAAGAUCUGGUUCAAAAGUAAUGGACAGAGGAAGAGUAUCCCCUGCAAGUGAAGCAGUUCUUCCUCUUGCUUUGGAGCAACAACAACAAGAUCACUUUGAAACUAAUGAGGAUAGUGCUAACAUGGAAUUAACAAAGUUGAAAAGCAAUGCUACAAAUGCAGAAAUUUUGGAAGCUAUGAAACAUCCACAAACUGGAGUAGGAUUUCUUACACAACAUCCAUCUUUACCAAGUCAAACUUUUGUUAGUGCAGAUGCAGUUCAAUGGCUAAGUAAUAAUACAGAAGGUGGUGUUACUGUAGAAAGUGCCAUCAAUACUAUAAAAGGAAUGAUUCAAGAAACGCUUAUUUGUCAUGCAUCUGGAGAUUUUUCUAAACCUUUUAUAUUAGGAUUUUAUUUGUAUCAUAUAGUUCAAGAUAAGGAAAACCAAAAAGCUGCAGAUUAUUCACCACCUUUGGGUGACCUACAAAGUUUUGAAAAUGAGUGGGUGGAAGUUGAAAUGAAAGCUCCCAAAGGUUGGUGUGAACCAACUACUGCUGCUACUACUACCACUACUAGUACUACUACUACUACUAGUACUACUACUACUACUACUACUACUACUAGUACUACUACUACUACUACUACUACUAGUACUACUACUACUACUACUACUACUACUACUACUACUAGUACUACUACUACUACUAGUACUACUACUACUGCUGCUGCUGCUGCUGUUGCUGCUGCUGCUGCUGCUGCUGCUGCUGCUGCUGCUGCUGCUGCUGCUGCUACUACUACUACUACUACUACUACUGCUGCUACUGCUACUGCUACUAUGACUACUACUACUCCUACUAUUGCUGCUGCUGCUGCUGCUGCUGUUGCUGCUGUUGCUGCUGCUACUACUACUUCUACUACUACUACUACUUCUACUACUACUACUAAUUUACCAACAGUAUCAUCUCCUAUAUCUAUACCCAAUUAUGAUACUGUUGAUGAAUCGAAUGUACCACUAUUUUUAAGGGAUGACCUAGAUUUAACAAAUUUCUUGGAGGAAAAAGAAUUGAAUGGACCACCAUAUAAACACACACAUCUAGAUAUUGACAUCAAUAACAAAAGUGAUAGAAUAGAGUGGGGGCAUCUUAGGUAUCAAUCUGUAUAUAUGAUCGAUCAUUCUUACGAACUUGUAGUGCAAUGGGUAGCUUCGUCUGGUAGUAUUGUAGCUGAUCUUAUAUUCAUCUGGCAACGCAAGGCUCAAAUGUGCGGGAUUCAAAUGGUACCAAUUCCAAGUGAUUUGUUAGCCUUACCAUUUACUCUAAAGAGUGAUCCUUUAAGAGGUCCUAUCUUUAUACCACUCGAUACAGAAUGUCUUAUGGGAAAUAAAAAAUAUCUAUUUGAAGAAUUUCGUGAAGAUACGUAUGCUCAGAGAUUAUUCUUAUUCCAAGAGGCCAUAUUACGGAGAUUUGGUUUCAUACCAUGUUUGAUUGAAAAUUCUGAAGAUGAUCAUCAAUACGUUCAUGUGACUGGAAAUGCUUUUAUACUUGUACCAUCCACAAAAAGUAUCAGGCCACGUCAACGUACUGGCACGAAUAUAGUAAGACGAAGUACGGGACAAAAAAGAUACCCAGUACAUCCGGAACAACCAAGUCCACAUGAAGCAUAUAUCACGCGUCAUGUUAGUGGGAAAAGUAAAGAUGAUUAUAAUGUAGAUAGGCGAAUGGGAUUUCUUUGGUCAUGGAAUCAUAUGAUUAGCCGAAAGUGGAAAUCGUUAUCCACUUCAGCUGGCGAUGAAUUAUUUCAAAAAAAAAUUAUUCAAGAUUUUAAACAUUUUUGCUCAAACGGAGAUAAUAGGUUGAAGAAAUUUUGGGAUUCUUGUUGGGAGUUGAAAGAAAAAAGUUGUACACGUUUAAAGCAGUGAGAGGUAUAGAAUUAAGUUUUAUUAAAAAUGUAAAAAAUGAAUUUGUGGAUAUAUCAUUCAAGAGCUUUAAUAAUAAUUAAUAUUCGUUGAUUAUUUUUACUAUGACCACGUGACUAGAUCUCCCAUAUUAUUCCGAUUAUUGGUAAACAAAUAAUAAAUAAUGAAUUUUAGCUGUGAUCUAACUAUUAAGUCUUAAAAGUGAGGUAUAACGAUAAAAGUUCGAAAUAAUAAAGCAAAUAGUGUUAACUUAAUUUUGAAAAAGAUAAUUUUUAUAAAACACUUCUUUUUUUAUAUUUUGUGGCAAGAAUAUUGUCUUAAUACAAUUAUCGAUUCUAUUUCUUACUUUUGUUAUAAUAAUAGAUAUUUAUAUACGUAUUGUAAGUGAAAUAAACAUGUAUUAAAUCAUAGAGAAUCGUUUUACAUUUAUACAAAAAAAGUAUGAAUAUAAAAUAUAUGUCAUACUUUUCAUGCUAUAAAUACUAAACGAAUUAUAAUUCUUAAGAAUAUUUGAUGUAAUAGCGCUUUUUUACAGAUUACUUAUACUUUAACAUUAAGUACGCUGUCGACAUAAACUGCAUAUUAAAAAAAAAAACGAGGUAUAUCUCUAACAUUAUAUAUAUAUAUAUAUUAUUUGCGAAUGUAUUUGUAAUAAGUAAACAGUAAAUGUUAUAAGGCACUUCUUAUAGUAAAUAUGAAAAGUUUGUGCAAGUUUUUGAUGAAAGAAUUAACAUUGUAUAAUUAAAUUAAAGUAAGAGCCUAAACAAUCGCUGAUUGUUAUUAGUCAUUAAGUGCAACUUUGAGUUUCACUUAAUUCUAUAGGGCAAUUGCAAAUAUAAUGUAUAAUUUAAUUAAGCUCAAUAGUGUUUAGCAUUACAUCUAUACACGUCAUAACGUAAUAACAUUACUUAAUAUCCUAUUCUAGAAGGUGGAGUUGCAAAGUAUUUUUUGUUUUUUUUCAUAAAUGUGCGACUGAAAGAAAGUAAAAGAAAAAUGAAAAAAAUGCAUACAGCUAUAUGAAUGUAAAAAUAUAGGUAAUUAAAAGAUUUUAAACUGACCUGGAGGUAAGAGGCGUGUGGAAAAAUCCACGAGAUGCAGUACGUUUCAAAAGUGAUUCUGUAGAGGGAGUAUGUCUUAAUUCUCCUGUUUUAGGGGUACCAAUAUUGUUUAAAUUUUCAGGAUUAACAAAGUUGGCCCAAUAAUCAGAAGGAAUUUUUAACAAGCUCUCCACGAUCUGAAAAAUAUAAUACAAAUAUAUAAAAAUGUUAUCCUUUUGAUUAAUAUAAUGUAAACAUUAUAUAUACAUACUGCAACUUGAUUUUUUGUUUCACUAAGCAUAGAAGUAGGGGAUGGUUCUUGAGAGCUAAAACCAACUAAUGUUGGACCAAAUACUUUAGCAAGAUUACUUAUUGGCAUUUUACAUUCAGCGCUACUAGAUACUCGUUGUAAAUGUAAUAUAAGAAAAGCAAGUGUAUCUCGAUUAGGUUGUGGAAGUUCCGAAAUUGCUUGAUAAAGUGCUGCAUCUGCAUCUUCUUUAUCUGAAAUAGUAGUAGCGCGAACAAAAUCUGCCCAAAGUGCUACGGUGAUUAAAGGUUCCCGCAAAGAUCUA